CCAGUAGGUCUAUAUUAUUACAGUCCCAGGCUGAGUAAGCUGCGCUGUCUCCAUGUGGAUUACUGCCAGAGAGCAACAGAAAACUCCUCAAUGAGAGCUGCGAAGUCGUUUCGUCUGGGUGAAACUUAAGGCUAUAUAGCCUCUAAUAACUCUAAACUGAACGGAUUCGGUUCCUCUUUACUUGUAGCCUACUCUGUAAUUGCCCGACUCUCUACAGGACUCCUUCCCUUCGGUACAUGGCGACAUUUCUCAUUUUUUUGUGUGUGUGACUCAACUUAUUGCCAAUGAGCGCAAGUCGAAGCUUGUGUGAAAGCGAGGCGGUUCAUCACCAGCGGACCAUUUAAGGAACGGAGAGAGCGGACAAAGCUGGAUUGCUGCUGUUUUCUUUCGUAACUUUCAUAUAUCACCCGGCUAAGCCGAAAUCAUGACUUCAGUGUGGAAGAGACUGCAGCGGGUCGGCAAAAAGGCGUCAAAGUUUCAGUUUGUUGCCUCUUACCAGGAACUGAUUCUGGAGUGCACCAAGAAAUGGCAACCAGACAAGUUGAGGGUGGUGUGGACCAGGAGGAACAGACGCAUGUGCUCCAAGCUCCACAGUUGGCAGCCAGGAAUCAAGAAUCCGUACCGGGGCAUGGUGGUGUGGCCGGUACCAGAGAACAUCGACAUCUCUGUUACACUGUUCAAGGAGCCCAAUGCAGAUGAGUUUGAGGACAAAGACUGGACCUUUGUUAUUGAGGGAGAAAACAAGGGCCAUCGUAAGGUUUUGGCGUCAGCGGACAUAAACCUGAAGCGGUUUGUCAGCCCGACCCCGACCCAGACUGACCUGACACUGAAGCUGAAGCCGCUGUCGGUCAAAGUGGUGGAGGCCACGCUCAAGCUGUCACUGUCAUGUGUCUUCGUCCGUGAAGGAAAAGCCACUGAUGAAGACAUGCAGAGUCUGGCCAGCCUGAUGAGUGUCAAACCCACUGAUAUCGGUAACCUUGACGACUUCAAUGAAAGCGAUGAGGAGGAGGACAAGAAGGCUAUCAUUUCUACAUGGUCCAAGGAAUCCCCUGUUACCAAGGAAACAACUCCAGUCACUCUGACCCAUGGCGAGGAGUCUCCCCGAAGCAACAGGACGGUCGCCAGCAUCAGAAUAGCCAACCAGCCAAUCAGACCAGGCCAGGACUCUAAAGAGACAGUCUCAGAAAGCACAGCUAAACCAGGAAGGAUCAGCUCUCACAGAGAAGAUGCUCCUGAAGCAGACUCCUCUAACAGAGAAGAGCAUCAGCCGGACAGAGCAGAAGAAUCAGAAAUGCAUCAUAUUGUCUCAGCGCCUGGCAAGCCCUGCCUGUCUCCAGUUGGAGAGGAGCCCACAGAGCCAGAGAGACCCAGCACUGAACCGGCAACCUCACCGGAGGUGUGCCCUAAACAAGGCAGUGAGCUUGUGGCUCUGGAGCUGGCGCCACUGCUUCCCUCAGAACCAGAACCAGAACCAGAACCAGCUCUCCAGCCGGCAGGGAAACCACAACAGGAGGGAGCGGAUAAGGAGGAGCCACCCAGCAGCGGCAGAGCUGGUGGUCUGGAGAGUUUAGUCAAUAAGGAGCCGGAGUGGGAGGCAGAAAAGACACUGUGGGCAGCUGUGGAAGAGACCACCGGGGAGACACAAGUGGAAAGAGGGAUGGAGAAUAGUCAGAGCACUGAAGAGAAGGAUGAAAAGAAGGAGGAAGAGGGGAAGCAGGAGGAGGAGGGUGGUGUAACAGGGGGGCUGUAUAAGAAGAAAGUAGAGAAGCAAUCGCAACUCCCUGCUGAGCAACCUCCAGGACAGCCUGGGGCUCAUCCGAUUUCAGCCAGACACUCCAAGAAAGGCAUCUCUACCACACACACCAGCGACGUUCACAUUGACACACACACCUCAAGCGCCUCAGCAGACAGCAAAGGGCAAGCUCUGCCCAUCAGCCCUGAGUCCAGUGGAAAGUCAGCUGUACCAGAAAGUAGCAUCACUCCUCCGCAAAGCAGUGAGAGGAAGAGUCCUUCGAAGGAAGUGACCUCUGACCUGAAGACUGCUGAUGCUGUAGCAAGAGAUGUGGCUGAUGGGAAGGAUGAUACAGCGGAGGACUUGGUGAGCUCCAGCCAGUCUCUGCUCCAGUGGUGUCAGGAGGUCACAAAAGGUCACCAGGGGGUAAAGGUCACCAACUUCAGCACCUCCUGGAGGAACGGCCUGGCCUUCUGUGCCAUCCUGCAUCACUUCCAUCCAGACAAAAUAGACUUUGACCAGUUGGACCCUCAUGACAUAAAACUCAACAACAAGAAGGCGUUUGACGGCUUCGAGGCACUGGGCAUCUCUCGUCUGCUAGAGCCGUCCGACAUGGUCCUUCUGUCCGUCCCUGACCGGCUCAUCGUCAUGACCUACCUCAGCCAGAUCCGCACACACUUCACCAACCAGGAGCUGAGCGUGCUGCAGAUAGAGCACAACAGCAGCCAGUCCUGCUAUGGCCUCGCCCCCGCUGGCCCCACCCCUACUGAGGUCGAUGCUGCUGCGUUCUGUAUGGCCAGGUUACAUGAAGGAGCGGGAGUAAGUCUAGAGGAAGGGGGAAGCAGUACGCUGGUCGUCCCGCCUCCCAGGACCAAACGAUUGGCUAAAGUGGAGGAGUCAAUAACACCAGUCCCACCGCCAAGGUCGGUUGCCAAGGCAGCCAAAUCAGGCCCCACUCAGGGUGAAGGAGUGAAGGCUGACUCCACAGCAGGAAACACUAACACAGACUCGCAGAACGCAGCAGAUCAAGUCCCCAAACAGGAAGAAGAGACCAUGUGUCUGCAGGACACUAGCCAGUAUGUGCUAAGUGAGCUGGCAGCGCUGGAGACGGAGCAGAAACACAUCGACAGCAGAGCGGCUGUGGUGGAGAGACGACUACGACGCCUCAUGGAGACAGGAAGUGACCGUGAUGCAGAGGAGAGGCUGAUUCAGGAGUGGUUCACUCUGGUCAACAAGAAGAAUGCUCUGAUACGCCGGCAGGACCACCUGGAGCUACUGCAAGAGGAGCAGGAUCUGGAGAGGAGAUUUGAGCUGCUGACCAGAGAGCUGCGUGUCAUGAUGGCUAUUGAAGACUGGCAGAAGUCAUCCACUCAGCAGCAGAGGGAGCAGCUGCUCCUUCAAGAGCUGGUGUCUUUGGUCAACCAGCGGGACGAGAUCAUCAGAGACAUCGACGCCAAAGAGAGGGGGGCACUGGAGGAAGACGAGCGUUUGGAGCGGGGUCUGGAGAUGAGGAGGAGAAAGUACAGCACCAAAAAUGCAGAUAAAUGUGUCCUGCAAUGAGAGGGGACACCAACACACACAGAGAGAGACAGUUUUUGGUGUUUUUUUCUGUGAUUGUGCCUUUUCUUUGUUCCCAGUUAACUUUGACUGUUGAGGACGGGGACGGAUAAAAAUGCUUCAGUAGAAUCCAAUACAAACUUCUCAGGUGUGGACCUCGUGAUAAUCAAAACUUUAUGCAGUUUUCAGUCUGACUGUCAUGCCAGCUGCCCAUCACUGUUUUCAGUCUGUCUUAACAUGGUAGUAUUAUUUUGAUUUAAUUCACCUAGUUUUAUUUAUUCCAGUGAUGUGCCAGAAACUUGUAUACCAAGUGUGCCUUUGUUAUUUUGAGUGUAUGUAUAUUCCUCUGUGAGUUUGUUCAGUAUUUGACUACUGAUUCCUAUUUUAAAAGGAGAGCUUCCUCUUGUGGGCUUGUCGGGAUCUGUUAAAAAAAAAAGACUUCUGAAAUUUCCUCAUACCUUUUUCCUGACAUUGCUCAUGUUAAGCGAGACUGAAGAAAAGUUAGAUUACUAUUGCUUACAAUGUAAAUGUAACCAAGAAAUGUGUUUUCUGAAUUCAGUCAGUCCAAAGUUUAAGAUGUAACUACUUUGUGAUAGUGUUGAAUUGAGUUAGUAGAAUUAGUAAGUGAUGACUUGAAGGUUUAAGAGGUAUGCACAAUCAAUACAUUUUUUUUCUUGUAUUCAUGUUUAUGAGCAAUUUCAGCAUUUAAUGCACUAGGUCACCAUGUUACAUGCUGUGUAUUUUGAGAAUGAAUGUGUUAUGUCUCGUUUUCAUCACUUGCAUUACAAAACGUUUUUUUUUUUGUUUUUUUUUUCUCCAGCCAACAGACCACCAUGCCGGUACAUUUUCUCAUGCCAAUUUAAACAUUACACAGUGGAAAUCAGUGUUUUCUCAACCACUGGAUAACCCUGGUGGGCAGAGCCAUUCAAGAUGGUUUCAGUGGAGAGAUUUAAUUUCAUACGGUCUUAUAUUGCUGUUUUCGUGGCAAAAAAAAAAAAAAAAAAGUGGGUAAAGUGCCAGGAA